UUGCGCACUCAAGCUGUUCCUGGCCAAAGGCUGCUUUGGAGUCUUCGCUUCCCAAUAAUCAUCUCUUGGUUUUCUUUUCUUAUUUAAGCCGGCAUGUCAUGCCUCCAAACCUUCCUCGUCUUAUCCCCAAUUACCACUUCUCGAUCCCAUCAGUCCUAAUUAGCUACCCCCAAAGAAAAAUAAAGAAGCCUACAAGCAGUCUCCCGAACAAGCCUGUUAUAGCCAGAUAGAGACAGAUACUCUGGACUGUUGAGAUUCAGAAAGGAUUAUGAUGAUGUUCAGUAGCAUUAGUCUGUUCCUUUUUGCUUAUCUCGGUUUUCAUCUUGCUCUAGCGGACACGGCAUCCUUGCGCCAAAAAUUCUCUGCCUUGAAGAUUGAUGCCGUCUUCCCGGGAGACCCGAAUUAUGUGAAAUUUGCUACGCCUUUCAACAAGAGGUUCACCUACAUGCCGGCAGCCAUAGUUUUUCCUAACAACACAAAUGCGGGAGCCAAUUCGGUAAAAGUGGGGGUGGGCGAAAAGCUCCCUAUUUCUCCUCGUGCUGGGGGGCACUCGUAUGCCGCUUACGGCCUAGGCGGAACCAAUGGUGCCUUGGUCAUCGAUCUCCAGCGAAUCAAUCAGAUUUCUGUGGAUGGCGCUACCGGCCAAGCGACGAUUGGAACUGGAAGUCGGCUUGGAGAUAUUGCUCUCGGUUUGAACAGUCAAGGUGGACGAGCCUUGCCGCAUGGAGUGUGUCCUUACGUCGGACUGGGCGGUCAUGCCUCGUUCGGAGGCUACGGAUUCACCAGCCGACAAUGGGGCUUAACAAUUGAUCAAAUCAUCGGCCACGAGGUCGUUUUAGCAAACGGGUCCGUCGUCACUACUUCCAAGACAGGCGGUCAGAAUGCCGACCUUUUUUGGGCUUUGAGGGGUGCUGGGUCAUCGUUCGGGAUCAUGACCUCGAUGAAAUUUAGUACCCAAGCGGCCCCCAGUCAGGCGACGAAUUAUGCCUACGAUUGGAACUUCAACGAAGCCGAAUUGGGGGAUGCCUUAAUCAAGUUACAAACCUUUUGCAUGUCCAACCUGCCAGCUCAAUUCGGCAUGACUGUCAAUCUCAGGAAAAGCAGUCAAAGCGGCAAGUUGAUGUUUUCGUUCACCGGAGCUUACUAUGGAGCCCAAAGUUCUUUCAGCGGUGUCGUCCAACCGUUCCUAUCCCAGAUGCCCACUCCUUCGGGGAACUCGGUUAAAACAUCAAAUUGGAUUACCAGCUUGCAAGGGCUCGCCGGCAACCAAGCUCUUUCUACAUCAGGUGUGGACCUCACGCAAGAGCACGACACCUUUUAUGCCAAAAGCAUCACGACCCCUCAAUCGGCACCCAUGUCCAACUCGUCCAUUCGCGCGUUUUCCAAGUAUCUGGCCAACCAGGGCGUCCAGUCUAAUACUGUGUGGUUUGUACAAUUGGAAUUGUAUGGCGGGAAGAAUUCGGCCGUGACAGCAGUUGGAGUCGACGAAACCGCUUUUGCUCAGCGUGCCAUCUUGUUUACCAUCCAAUUUUACGCUUCAUCAAGCAACUUCGCACCGCCUUAUCCGACUGCUGGGUUUACCUUGCUGGACAAUAUGGUGGAUAGUAUUGUAAACAACAACCCUUCAGGGUGGAACUAUGGUGCGUAUGCGAACUACGUCGAUGAUCGUCUUUCUGCUGCGCAAUGGAAAUCAUUGUAUUACAAGAACCACUAUCAACGCCUUACUCAAAUCAAAAGAGCCUACGACCCUCAAAAUGUUUUUGUUUACCCUCAAAGUAUCACUGAACCCACUCAAGCUCAAAGAUUCAAACGUGACAUGUUUUAGGCUUCAAGCUUAUUAUUUUUUUUCCAAAAUCUUGGUAAAUCGUAAUCAUUGAUUGUAUCAACAGUUUCCAUUUCUUCAUCAAAUCCGCCUCACAAAACCGCUGAAAAGGCGUUGGUUCUCUCCUUGCCACAAGCAAUCUUUCAUUUCAUCACAUCUAUUCUUCUUUAUUAUCUUUUUUGGGUGCCUGUAAAUCGCAGGGAGGGCAUCAAGAGUUUCUCCUGAUUUCUUCGCCAAAGCAGCUUCAAAAAUCAAUGAAAAGGACAUUGUCUGUUGUUACUAGCCAUCUCAAGUCUUUUCAGCAUUGUAAAGCGAUCAUUGGUGCAGUCUGAUGAUCAAGUUGUACUCGAUGUAAUACACCAGUCUAAACACUGAUUAAAGUUCAAAUAAGUGACGAGAAACCCAUAGGCUCUAUGACAAAAUGUG